AGUAGCACCAAACCUAUUCCAAAAACAAAAUCAUGUCUAAGCCUAAGGUCCUUCAGCUCGGUGAAAUUGUUCUCGCGCACGAAAAGUGGGAACAACUGUCCGAAGUUGCAGAAAUAAUCACUCCGAAUGCCACAAACAGAGAAGAAUUCAUCGCCGAGUGCAAGAGCGGCCGCUUCGAUGAUGUAGUCGCCGCGUACAGGACUUUCCCCUCUGUCAGCAUCACGGGCAUCUUCGACGAAGAAUUAGUGCAAGCUACACCCAAGAACUGGAAGUUUCUAGCACACAAUGGUGCUGGAUAUGAUCAAGUAGAUGCACAGGCCUGCGCUGCUAGAGACCCUCCUCUACUUGUUUCCAACAUUCCUACUAUCGCCGAUGACAGCACUGCUGAUACUGCUGUCUUCCUUAUCCUGGGUGCUCUGCGCAAUCUCAACCCUUCUAUGCAAGCUUUGCGUGAGGGUAAGUGGAAGGGAUCUCCUCCUCCUGCCCUUGGCCAUGACCCUCAGGGCAAGACCUUGGGUAUCCUGGGUAUGGGCGGUAUUGGCAGAAAUUUGAAGGUCAAGAUGGAUGUGUUUGGCAUGAAGGCUAUCUAUCAUAACAGAAGAAGACUCAGCGAGGAAGAUGCCGCUGGAGCUGAGUAUGUGAGCUUUGACGAGCUGUUGGAGAGAUCUGAUGUUUUGAGCUUGAACCUCCCUUUGAACCCCAAGACUCGCCACAUCAUCUCGACUGCUGAGUUCAAGAAGAUGAAGAAAGGUGUUGUCAUAGUCAACACAGCUCGUGGACCAGUCAUGGACGAAGAUGCACUUGUCAAGGCUCUAGACUCCGGUCAUGUGGCUUCCUGUGGUCUCGAUGUCUUCGAGGAGGAGCCCAAAGUGCACGACGGUCUUAUCCGCAAUCCCAACUGCGUCUUAGUGCCGCACAUGGGUACCUGGUGUGUAGAGACACAGACCAGAAUGGAAGAGUGGACGAUUGGAAAUGUGAGGGAAGCCGUCACCAAGGGAAAGCUAGUCAGCCCAGUCCCAGAGCAUGCAGGACUGUAGUAUAAUCUACAUACAAGGUAGACAAAGUUCAUACGUAUCAACAUCAGCAUUGCAUGAUGCCGACCAUCCAGGUUCGCUAAACAGAGAGGCCUCGGUCGGGAAAUGCCGAGCGAGCGAGACCAGACCCCGGAUUGCGAG